ACCUUGCUCUUUAAAAACUGCCCCAAAAUACACACGAUACAUAAAAUUCCUGUGACUGACUACACAUCAGUAUAACAAGGACAUAAUAAUAAAAGUAUCACAAAAGUAUCACUAAUGCUUAGAACACUAAGUAAUGUACUCAAGGGAGCCAGUUUUGCUUUUAUUUUCAAUAGCAGGAAACAUUCGAUAUGCAUUUUUAUGGCUUUUUUUUUUUUUACAUCUUUUACAUUACCACUGCAUGUAGUUGGAGCAGGACAGUUAAAGUCAAAAUAAGUGCUAGUAUAAGUUUUUUAUUUAAAAUAUUUUUAUAUAAUUUUUGACUUUUUUUCAGUGUCAUCUCAGAGCCUACAGAGGGUAGCCGAGGUUCAGUUUCAAGGGUCACUUGUAAACCCUUUCCUCUUAGCUUACAAACACACACAGCUACACACACACUCACACACCCCUCUUGUAUCCAGUAAUAUGCUUCACACCUUCCUUCCGUUCAGUAUGGAACGGUCAGGGAAUUAGCCGUCUUGUGCGCGCGCAAUAAGCCAGGGGUUGCGGGAGCGCGCGCGGAUUGUCCACCAUCUCAGCCCCUCAGGCUGUGCAAAUCGCGCGUCUUGUCAAUCAUCUCCCUGGCGAAGACCUGAUCCUCCGUGAGUACUGAGGGAUGAAACGGAAACGAAUGUAUGCCCUUAACCACAGCAAUGAGUGAGUCAUCGUCCUUUCACUCACAGAAGCUUAUUUCAUUGGCCCGAUCACUGUCUGGGCUCGGACUCGAUGCCGCCAAUGGAGGCCCUGUCAACCUCGAUGACAAUGACGAGCCUCCACCUCCGGAGUCUGGCAUUGAGCUUGGCCCUGGGCUUUUUUUUGCUGAUGGCAAGAGGAAAGUGGACUACGUGCUUUGCUACAAAUACAAAAAAAGGAGAACAUCAAAGCCGCGUCUUUCCCUUUCAUCUAACGGGAGUCUACCGAUACCUAUACCAAUGCCAAUCCCGAUACAAGGUCGAUGGGAAGCGGAAGCAGAGUCUGGGGAGCCGGGAGCUCAUGCGGGAGAUGCGGAAGAGUCCAAGCUUACUGAGGAGGAAAAAGCUUUAAUGAGGGAGGAGUUUGAAGGAGGCCUGCUGGAGGCUGGGCUACAGAUUGAGCGCGAUAAGGAGAGGUCAAACGGCAUGGGGUUUAUUCGACUGCACAUCCCAUGGUCAAUACUGAGCCGAGAAGCGGAGCUGCAGAAGAUCAAAGUCGCUGUAAAAAAGAAAUGUGAAUUGCGGAAACGGACAGGCAUUGCUGGGAUGUGGGAUUCUGUUGCCACUAAAAUCAACACACCGUUUCAGCCGGACGUCCCUGAUUUUGACAUCCAGAGAGACUCCCAGACACGCGUCAAUUUUAAAACCCUCAAACACCCUUUUAUCAGAGACAAACUCCAUCUCUAUGACAUCAAGUCAACAGAGACUUUGUUUGACAAUGCGACGCGGAGCAGAAUAGUAGCUGAGAUUAUUUCACGUACUACUUGCAGACACUCUUGCCAAACUACCGGCAUCAACUCUUUACUGGCUCGGGGUGUCUAUGUUGCUGCUUUCCCUCUGCAUGACGGGUCAUUCACCAGGAGAGGACGGAAAGAUCAGAGAAAUGAUAGACAGCUCCUCCAUGAAGAAUGGGCUAACUAUGGAGUCAUGCAUAAAUACCAGCCUGUAGAUCUUAUCAGGAAGUACUUUGGAGAACAGAUUGGGUUGUAUUUUGCAUGGCUGGGUGUUUAUACUCAGCUCCUCAUCCCUCCUUCGGUACUGGGCAUCAUUGUCUUCCUAUACGGCAUACUUACUGUGGAUACCAAUGUGCCAAGUCAGGAGACGUGUAAUGACAGCUUGAACAUCACCAUGUGUCCACUCUGUGAUGGCGUGUGCGACUACUGGCGUCUGAGUUCGGUGUGCUCAUUGGCCCGAGCUUCAUACCUGUUUGACAAUGGAGCCACUGUCCUCUUUGCUAUUUUCAUGUCUCUGUGGGCCGCAUGGUUUCUUGAGCACUGGAAAAGGCGGCAGAUGUAUCUGAAACAUACGUGGGACCUGACGAGCCUCGAGGAUGAGGAGGAGCGAGUCCAGGAGGAGCUGAGACCUGAAUAUGAAGAAGCACUGCAGGAGAAAAAAGCCAAGAUGAAAGCACAGUCUGCAAAAAAGAUGACUCAGUCUGGGGACGGUAGAGAUGGAGAAACAGACCAGAUGCUGGCCUACCAGCAAGAGCCCGAGUCACUGGACAUAGAGGAUCACCUGCCAGGUUAUCUCAUCAAUAUAUCCACCUUACUACUGCUGAUAUUCAUCACCUUCUCAGCGGUGUUCGGGGUGGCAGUUUACCGCAUCUGCAUGCUGAGUGUGUGGUCCAUGAACCCUGAUCCGGAGGCCAAGGCCAGCGUUAGGAUGACAGUCACAACCACAGGCAUCAUCCUCAAUAUGCUGGUCGUUCUGGUGUUGGAAGAGGUCUAUGGAGCGAUUGCCGUGUGGCUGACUGAGCUUGAACUUCCAAAGACAACAGAGGAGUUUGAAGAGAGACUAAUAUUCAAGUCCUUCUUCCUCAAAUCCAUGAACGCCUUUGCACCAAUUUUCUAUGUGGCCUUCUUCAAGGGCAGGUUUGCUGGGCGGCCUGGCGAUUAUGUUUAUGUCUUUGGAGACUAUCGCAUGGAAGAGUGUGCCCCUCCUGGCUGCCUCAUUGAGCUGUGCAUCCAGCUCAGCAUGAUCAUGCUCGGAAAACAACUCAUCCAAAACAAUGUGUUUGAGAUACUCGUACCUAAGUUGAAAAAGAUGUACAGAACAAUACAGGAACAAAAAGGAAAGAAUAGAGGAGCAGAAGAUGAGGACAGUGAAACAGAGGAGAAGCGACCGAAACAGCAGUUUGACAAGGAUUUCACCCUCGAACCGUUUGAAGGUGUCAGUCCAGAAUACAUGGAAAUGAUAAUCCAGUAUGGGUUUGUGACUCUGUUUGUGGCCUCCUUCCCGCUGGCACCAGCGUUUGCUCUGCUCAACAAUGUCAUCGAGAUUCGCCUCGACGCUGCAAAAUUUGUUACUGAAAUCCGGCGUCCCGAUGCUGUGAGGUGCAAAGACAUAGGGAUUUGGUACAACAUCCUUUGUGGAAUCAGCAAAUUCUCUGUCAUCACCAAUGCAUUUGUCAUCUCCUUCACAUCAGAGUUUGUUCCACGAAUGGUUUACCAGUACAUGUACAGCGUUAAUGGCACCAUGAGUGGAUACACGGAGCACUCGCUGUCCUACUUCGAUGUCAGCAACUUCCCCUCUGGCACAGCGCCAAACACCACCCUUAUCACUGGAGUAUCCAUGUGCAGGUAUAAAGACUACAGAGAUCCUCCGUGGGCAACAGAUGCGUACACCUUCUCUAAACAGUACUGGUCUGUCCUGGCUGCAAAACUGGCCUUCGUAAUUUUCUUCCAGAACCUUGCCAUGUUCCUCAGCAUGUUAGUUGCCUGGAUGAUCCCAGAUGUACCACGAUCUCUGCGGGAACAGCUGAAGAAAGAGAACAUGUUGCUGAUGGAGUUUCUGCUGACUCAAGACCAAGAAGCACGUGCCAAAACUCACUCCACAAAACACUCAGCCCCCUACUUCCCCGCCAACAUAGACAUUGUGGUGGAGGCACCACCAGAAAAUCAAGAAGAAGUACAAGUGGAGGAAGAGGAAGUGGUGGGGGUUGAGAUCAAUUUGGAUGCAAGGAGCAGAGAUAGUGACAGUGAUCCAGAGAUUGGAAAUGUAUUGGUAGAAGAUGGAGUAAAUGGUCUAGAAGAGCGAGGAGAUGAAGGUGAAGAGGAAAAGAGAGAGGCCGAAGGAACAGAAAAGGAAGGAGAAGGAGAUGUUAAGGAGGAGGAUAGGAAGGAAGAAGGUGGAAAGGAAGAGUUUGAACAAGAGGAAAGUGAUGAAAAAGAGAAAGGAGGACAGAGAACAAAUGAAGACGAAGCAAAGGAAGUUGAGAAUGAAAAUUUUACUGUAGAUCUGGACGUCUUCAUGAGUGAGCUGGGCCUCUUAGAUGAAGAACCCUCAUCGAGCACAGUUAAAGAUACGGAGCUUCCCCGCUCAGGCUCCAAAGAAGAAUGCCAGAAAGAUGCUGAACCUCUGUCACAUUCAUCGUGUAAAAGAGGAUCAUCCCAGAGUCUGAAGAUCUCCAAGGAAGGGAUUACAACAACAGAUGAUGAAACUAAGAGCUUCUCAUUAAUCGCACCUCCUCCCAGAGAGCCAGGCUCAAAGGCCAAGGCCCGAUGCUCCACCCUGCCUUCUCGCCACAGAGGGGCUGAGGCUUGCUACAGCCUGCCAAGGCCCAGCCACUCCACCAGCCUCACCAGGUUCCAGCAGAAGUCCACACUUAUUCCCCUGGUUACCCUGGACCCUUCAUCAUCAGCUUCACCCAGCCCAUUAUCUCCCACACACACACAGGCAUCCCCAUCAUCUGCACAGCCUCUACUUGCCCAACAGCACAAAGCCUCAACUGAACUGUUUGUGCUAAAAGGCCCUCCACCCCAACAGCCACGCUCCAGGGCCAAAGCCCGGUGCUUAACCCUGCCUCCAAGACAAAGAGCACAGGGUCCUGAGGAGCACUCCAAAAAGCCUAGCCAUUCCACCAGCUUUACAAAGCUGGAAGACCGUAUCCCGCCUUCCCCCAGUGAACUGAAGCGCAACACACCAGUAUGAGGAGAGCUGCAAGGCAAAGUGAAAGAGAAGGAGGGUGGAGGAGGGAGGGAGAGGACUAUUCAGAUAACCUUCUCCUGUCUGUGCCUGGAGGCACACACCCCCUUCAGUCCCCACUGCAUAUACCUAUGGUGUGAAAGGAAACAUCAAUGGAAACUCCUUUUUAUCAUGUUACUCCUCAUUAUACUGCUCAGUGGUUUAGGGCUAAACCUGACAAUGGGGGUGCUGGACAAUUCGGAGAAAGACUGCUCUGAAAGUCUCCUUGCUAUGACCUGUGAAAAAAAACCACUGGAACAUAUUGUGUUUUAUUUCUGUGUAUAUUUUUUGGGCUGUUCUUUUUUGCCUACACUCACAUCUCAGUAGCCAAUGCUCCUCUGUUACUUCCAGUCCAACACAUGCAGCAGUGCUGCCUUGUAGGCCAGCUGAAGAUGAAAUUGUAUUCACUGCAGCUAGAAUCAGCACGUGUGCUUUUAGAUUUACGUUUAUCUUUAGAAGUUUUGAUAUAUAAACACAUGAACUUAUAAUAAAAGACCCCCAUGUUUUUAA